CCCAUAGGUUGAAGUGAAAGAACAGAAGAAAGCGCGUCGCAGUGGAUAAUCUCUGUUCUCCUUCCCAAAAUCCCAAUUCCAUCGAUUUGGGAUCACUUCCCUCUCUGCCUCAGUCUCAGAGCAGCUUCUGAGCACUUUCCCCUUUUCCUUUCGAACAAUCAGUUAUAAUCCCAUUUAGCUCCCUCAUGUCGCUUCCAAAUGAAGGUGAUAUGUCUUCUUCCUCUGAUACUCAGAUUACGUCACAUAUUUUUGGGGAUCUCCUUGAUUCCAUUAUUGUUGAUGUUGCAUCUGAGUGUCAUCGAAUAGCAAAGUUGGGUCUUGAUCGUAAUUUUGAAGAAGAGGAAGAAGAACUAAGGCUGUCAGCCCAAGCACGGGUAAGGGUAGCUGAUCCUAGUAAUAGUGGUGAAGCAAAUAGCAAGUAUGUGGUUGACAUAUUUGGACAGACCCAUCCUUCUGUAGCCAAUGAAGUAUUUGAGUGCAUGAAUUGUGGUCGAGCUAUCAUGGCUGGGAGGUUCGCUCCUCAUCUGGAGAAGUGUAUGGGAAAGGGUAGAAAGGCUCGUGCCAAAGUGACAAGAAGUAGUACAGCUGCACAGACCCGGCAGUCACGAGGCAACCCUGCUUCCACAUACUCCACUUAUUCUAAUUCCAACAGCACAAGCCGGUUAUCAAAUGGAACAUCCGGUGUCGCAGGGGAGGAGUAUUCAAAUGGUGCAUUGGAAGAGCCAUAAAACAUUUUAAGCACUGGUGAGCUACUUGGAAGCAAUGGAUAUCGUUACUUGCUUAGAUCGUCAUGUUUGUGUAAAGUGAAGGCAAAUUUUGAGUAGGCUUUUGUUGGUUUAGGCACUGCGAUAUAAUCUGACUUGGAGAGUAUAGUGAUCACAUUCUUUUUUUCAGUAUGAAGAA